UCGUUGCCAGAAGAUAGGCCCUAUUUUCAGCAGCGGAAUGGCCAGCUAUGUUGUGACAGGUACCUUUGUGUGCCCCGGGGCACGUAGCUGAGCAAGAUUUUAAGGUCACUUUGCUACAGUAACGAGCAAUAGUGCAGAAGGCCUCUGUCAAGCAAUGGAUAACUUUGAGUAUAGUAUCCAGAUCAAUGACCGGGACUGGGCAGAAUUCUACUCUACAGCAGAGGAAUGUGGCAUGAUUCAAGUUUCACUGGCUACAGAGGAGGAGCUUUUGUUGAGUGAUCCAGAACCGGAAGAGUCUACCAGCAGGCCCAAGUUCAUCAAAGUGAGUUUGUGUCCUCCACAGGAAGACCACCAAGCUAUUCAGAGUACACCUACGGCUGUCUCAUCUGCACAACAGACAUGCUACACAUGGAAAGACCUAAAUGAGGAUCUACUGUCAGGGAGCGAAGAGGAGGAAGAAUUUGGAUCUGUUUCCAGAUUUCUUUGUCAGAGGGAUACACAUUUGUACAAAACAAGGAAGGUGGAUGUUGGCGUAGACAUUCCAAUACCAAAUCCGGCUAAAGAACAGCAUAUAGAACAUUUGGAAAUAGAAGGGUUUCCGGUCAGUUUGGUUGACCAUAUGAGAGCUCUUAACAGGCUUAGAAUACAACAACAUGGUGAAAUACAUAAUACCCCUGACACAAAUGCAUUAAAAAGAACUAAUAUUCCAGCGAUUUCUGAUAAAGGUGAGGAUACAGGGCACUCUGGCAAUGGGUGUGCAUCCAGUGAACAUCAAACGUUUUCUUCCAGGAUUGCAGUGGUUUCUGUGCAACAGCACAAGACUAAUGAUUCAUUAAACUCCCCCCAGAGUCAAACAUCUCCCUCAGUAGAUGUAAUUGGAGUUCCUCUUCCAGAUCAUAAAGAGGACAGUAAAAUGAAAAAAAGUAUGAAUUGUCCUGGGAUGCCAUCCAACGUUUGUGAAAUGGACAACAAAAGCAGCUAUUUUGAUGGAACCUCACCAGAUCAAAAAGAGGUUCCAAUAGCUUGCAUCGUACAAGACUAUCAUAAAGAAACCUGCCUCUUAAGUAUGAUGAAAGAUAUUGGUGAGGCACAAAAUGAGUCAGAAAAACAGGAUUUUAAAGUUCUUUCCAGACAUAAUGGCUCAAGUGAAAGCUUCUUCUGUGGUAGUAUGGGACAUAAUGGACUUGCAGAAGGCAUAGAAACUCCCAAAGCCAUGGCACAUUCCUCAGCUGUGCAGCAGAAUUUCCAAGGCCCAAAUAAUGGGACACUCACUAUGUGGAACCCUGCAUCAUUUAGUUUAGAGAAUGCCAAAGCUUGCGUGCGUGAUGCUCCUACACACGAGCUUGAUAGCAAUUUUCGAGUGGCCACCACUGUCAAUAAUACAACGCCGACAUGCAGCCACACAGCCAAUAACAUUACAGACCAGACCUUAUAUAAUGAGAAAUCUUCAACAAAGGUCUUUUUGACACAACACAAGCAGACUGGACUCACUAUUCCUGAAAUGUAUGAUUUUUUUUAUGAUGAUAUUUCAGAAACAAACAUGGCGGCAAAGCCUGAAACUCAAGCUUCUCGGGAAGAAGGCAUUAUGUAUUCACCUGACAUGUAUGAAUAUUUUUUCCUUGAAACACAAGAUGAAGAAGAUAGAUGUAAGUUAAAAGGAGAGCAGCGAACAAAAGAAGGGGCAGAGACGGAGCUGAUGUUGUCCUCAGCUGAACAUCCCACUUCAGAGUCCUUCUGUGUUCCUGAAGCCUAUGAAUUUUUUUUUGCUGAUGGGACAGAUGAUCAGAAGACCAGCGAAGGCAUUCACCCCCCAUUCCACAAGGGCUGGGCAGAGUUGAAAAAGGAUUUACAGUAA